ACCACAAUUUACAUAAGUGAAAUAAAAAUCUAUAAUAAUGAAAUUUCCAUAUUCUCUAUCCAAACAAUUUUCGAUCCCUAUUUUGGUCAUGAAAUUCCUCAUCAUACAAAGUGUUUUGUCACUGAACCUUACCAAUGAGUAUCUCAACCACAAAUGCCUCAAUCAAGGGAAAUAUAAAUCUGGAAGUGAGUACGAGAACAAUCUCAACUCGAUCUUUCACGACUUUUCUACUAGUGAUUAUGCUGAAACCGGUUUCUUAGACGCAAGUCUUGGAAAAACGACAGCCGAUUCUGUUACUGUCACUCUCCAGUGUCGUGGUGACUCUUAUAGAUCUAAUUGUCGUACAUGCGUUGACACUGCAAUUUUGGGGUUUCAUAAGAGAUGUCCAAGUAACAAAGGAGGAAUAAUAUGGUACGAUCAAUGUCUUCUCUAUAUUACUACAAUCAAAGUAAAGAGUCCAUUCAAGAUUAAUUACGAGAACAUUUUUUCUAUGCACAACCCAAAUAACGUGAGAGAGGAUGCAAAACUGUUUGCUAUGAGGGUGAGGGAUUUUUUCUCUGAGCUAACACUUAAAGUCAAGAAAAUCACCAAUAACGGUCUUCUCAAUUUUUACGCGGCGGGAGAAAAGAAGCUCGGAAAAAAUAAAUUAUAUGCAAUGGUGCAAUGUAUAGAACUAACAAGAGAUUGUAAAAGUUGUUUGGCAUGGAGUAUCACAAAGCUUUUUAAAAACAACGACAUUAAACAAGGUGGGAGAGUUUUGGGUACGAAUUGUAAUGUAAGAAUUUAACGCGGUCGGUUUCGGGUUGCUCAAGCGUUCAGGGAACUGUUAGAUUCAUCCUUAAGGUUCUUAUCGUUCUUUGGUCUCCGCCGUUUGGAGACAUAUAUGUUUAAGUCGGCGUUACGAUUCCGUUCCUUGUUGACUACAUUUGAGCUUGGAUCUUAUGAGGCAAACCCAUUUAAUGCUAUCAUUCGUGAUUUUCCUUUCAAUUUCUGUUUUCCCUUGAAAUUUUGUUUCAUCUUAAAUUAUGAACUCUUAUUGCAAGUUUUUCAGAGUAUUGAUGGCUAAUAAUAAUUGAAACCUUCGUCCCAAAAAACCACAAUAUUAAGAGCAUGAUUAUU